CUUAAAUCAGACUCAUUUGGAUCUGGAUCUUCAUUUUAGAAAUAAGAAUUAAACGCCUUACAGCACUUAUAAUUUACUCCUAUUAUUGUUUUUACUUUAUAUUUUCUGCGAGAUAACACAAGCUUUCUCCACAAACUUCAAUAACUGCAGCCAUGCUAAAGGCACCAAAAUCGAAAUGCAGGCAAUGUUUUAAGCGCAUUCAUUCCACAAGAAAUAAAACAGGGGUCUGUCAAGGUUGUAGGAGAAUAUCAGCGGAGAAACAGCAAGCUUUAGGUACGCAUGGUCAAACUGUUAGUCAAAGAAAAAGGUCGCAUCAUUUUGUACAUUCUGUGAGCUGUCAACCAUUCAGCUUGGAGGUAUUUAAUGGUGAUAAACGUAUAAAGUUUUCAACCACAUCUGCUUUGAUGAUAAACGACUCUGCCCUUAGUCUUAGUUCUUUGAUUGAUUUCCAAAAUAACAUCACGUCUGGUAUUUUUAACAGAAAAAUUUCUUUCUCAUCAAAUGAUAAGAUCGAACCAGCAUUAAAAGACAGUGUUUGCAUCACUACCAAGCUCGAGUUUUGCUAUUUACACUGCACAUCUGCACAGCAUUUUCACAAUUAGUGACGUAAGCAUUUCAAUUUGCACUAGACAAACCACACCCACACAACACUAUGUACAACACUGAAAUAAAAGAGGUAUAUAUUGAUGAGUAUGUAAUAAUUUCUUUCUUAUUUUGAGAGAGGAUUCGUUAUUUAUUUUAUAAGAAAACAGGAUUAUUGCAUGAAUU